AUGUCGUGGUUCAAGAAGAAAACAGACCCCAAAGAGGAGAGGCGUGCAACCGAACGUGCCGUAAGGCAAACGAAUCGUGAAUUGGACAGUGAUCGAAGAGCACUGGAAAGAAAAGAGAAGGAAUUGGUGCGUUUAUGGUUGGAGUUAGAAAUAAAGAAACUGGCCAAGUUGGGUAAACGAGAUGCAUGCGCUAUACUUGCUAAACAAAUUGUUCUGCUUCGUAAACAGAAAGAGAAGAGUAUCAAUAUCAGUGCAAAAGUGAAUGCGAUUGACGCAAAGAAUAGGCAUUUGCAAAGUAUGGCAAAGGUGGCCGAUGUAGUUGGCAAAAGCGCUGAAACAAUGAAAGUUAUGGAGAAGCAAAUGCCUGUCGAUAAAAUCACGAAAGAUGUGCGCGAUCUCGCAGCUGCGCAAGGACGCUUUGGUGUCUGUGAUGAGAUGAUCACCGAAAAACUAGAUGAAAUGCUAGACGAAUCUGGCGAUGAAGCAGAAGAACAAGCAAUUAUUGACGAGGUUCUUGACGAAGUUGGUAUCGAUAUUAAUGCUCAGGUAUGGCAUUUCAUUAAAACAACACGUGCGUGCAUUUCAUCUAAUCAUGUGUAUUUGUUUCAGCUCUCAAAAGCGCCUAGAACUCCAGCCACGCUCACAUCCGUUUCAGAAGAGAGUAAAAAUGUUGCCGAUGUUACUGCACUCAAGAAAUGA